AUGGACGAAAGUUAUCACGAAACUUGUCUACGAUGCUACUGUUGCCAGUUGUCUCUCAGCUCCUUGAAAAAGUGCUUCUCACGACAUGGCAACAUCUAUUGUGAACACGACCAUCAAAUGUUAUUUGGAAAACGUUGUCGAAGAUGUAUGACAGUACUUUCUUCAACCGACAUCGUGCAUCGCGUUCAUUAUAUGUACUAUCACGCCCAAUGCUUCAACUGCUGUUCUUGUCAAGGACCAUUCAACUUAGGAGACGAAUAUCAUGUCUUUGAUGGCGAAGUGUUUUGCCGAAAUGACUAUCAAGCGAUGUGUGAUUUUGGAACAAGUUCCGAGUCGAUGUUAGACGACGCAGUACAAUCUGAGAUUCACCGGAAAACUCCAAAACGCCCACGCACUAUACUGAAUGCUCAGCAAAGAAGACAGUUCAAGACAGCAUUCGAAAGAAGUUCGAAACCCAGCAGAAAGGUGCGCGAACAACUAGCUAAUGAGACAGGACUCAGUGUGCGUGUUGUCCAAGUGUGGUUUCAAAAUCAAAGAGCAAAAAUAAAGAAAAUGAAUAAAAAGGACGGUGAUUCUGGAGACGUCUUUAAACAUGGACCUGGCAGUGAAGGAAGAAGUACGGAGGAUAUCAGAAGUUCAGAUGAUGAGGAAGAAUCUGUGAUAAACUUGGAAGGUGAUGAGGCGGAAUCACCAGAAGCCAAAACUUAUGCUGACCCGAUUCAGAAGCUUUACAACAUGACCUCAUCUCAAAUAUAUUUUCCAUAUCAUUCUUGA